AUAUGACUAGCAAGCAGAUACUUGAAAGAAAGGGUACUGGAAAACUCGGAGUGUUGUUAGAAAUUGAGGAGAACGUUCAAACAAAAUGGAAGUCUAUGAAAGUGUUUGAGAUCGAUGCACCGUCAGAUGGUUCUGAGCCAAAGUACCUGUGUACUUUCCCCUAUCCUUAUAUGAACGGCGUUUUGCAUCUCGGCCACGCUUUCACUGCUUCUAAAUGCGAGUUUGCCGCUGGAUUUGAAAGGUUACUUGGAAAGAACGUUCUCUACCCUUUCGGGUUCCACUGUACUGGAAUGCCCAUCAAAGCUUGUGCAGAUAAGUUGGUGAAGGAGAUGCAAUUGUAUGGAAGUCCACCUGUGUUUCCCGACGAAAAAGACGAAAUUGUGGAAAAGAAGGAGACCGAUGUACAAGCUGGAAUUGCGAACAUCGGCAAGGCGAAGAAAAGUAAAGUAGUGGCGAAAACAGGUGGCGUUAAGUACCAAUGGCAGAUAAUGAAAGCUAUUGGAAUUCCUGAAACAGAUAUUCCGAAGUUUGCUGAUGAAAACUAUUGGCUGAGUUACUUUCCACCCAUUGCUAUGAAUGAUUUGACUCGCAUGGGAUUAAAAGCCGAUUGGAGAAGGUCUUUCAUCACGACGGAUGUCAAUCCAUAUUACGAUAGCUUUGUACGGUGGCAGUUUCUGAAACUGCAAGAACGGAAGAAAAUCAAGUUUGGAAAGCGUUACACAGUUUUUUCCCCUAAAGACAACCAACCUUGCAUGGACCAUGAUCGGCAAACGGGUGAAGGUGUUGGUCCUCUCGAGUACACAUUGAUUAAAAUUGAGGUUCUAGAUUCGCUGCCUUCUGUGACUGCGGCAGCGAAAGAAACCAAGUUUGAGUCAUCAAAAGUAUAUCUUGUUGCUGCUACUUUGAGGCCUGAAACUAUGUAUGGACAAACCAAUUGCUGGGUGCAUCCAGAUAUAACAUAUUUAGCGUAUAACACAAAAGAGGGGGAAAUUUGGAUCAGCACAGCGCGGUCUGCACGCAACAUGGCUUAUCAGGAAAUGUUCGAUAGUUUCACAGUUAACAAACUUUGUGACGUAAAAGGUCAGGAGCUGCUUGGAAAAGCAAUCAAGGCACCCUUGACUUCGUACCAAAAGGUGUACAUUCUUCCCAUGUUGACAAUUAAAGAGGACAAGGGGACUGGUGUUGUGACGAGUGUUCCGUCCGAUUCUCCAGAUGAUUACAUGGCACUAAAGGAUCUGAAAAAGAAGCCGGCAUUUCGCGAGAAGUACGGGUUGCCUGAUCAUGCUGUUCUUCCAUUUGAGCCAGUCGCAAUCAUUGAUAUUCCGGAGCUAGGUGAUCUCGCCGCUGUUACAUUGAGCGACAAAAUGAAAAUUCAGUCUCAAAAUGAUAGCGAUAAAUUAGCUGAAGCCAAAAAAGAAGUGUAUAUGAAAGGGUUUUAUGAAGGUGUCUUGAAAGUAGGAGAGUUUGCCGGUCAAAGUGUUCAGAAGGCAAAAAAACUUGUCCAACAAUUGAUGAUUGAUCAAAAGUUGGCUGUGAAGUACAUGGAAUGUGAGAGCAACGUUGUGUCCAGAUCAAAUGAUGUUUGUGUUGUAGCCCUGUGCGACCAAUGGUAUCUAGACUACGGUGAGGUUGAAUGGAAAAAAAAGGUGCGCGAGGAGUGCCUCCCGAACGUGAAUACUUACUCACAAGAAGUGAAUAACAAUUUUGUUCAAACUCUCGACUGGCUCCAGGAACAUGCGUGCUGUCGAACGUAUGGUCUCGGAUCUCGGUUACCAUGGGAUGAAACGUGGCUGAUUGAGUCUCUCUCUGACUCUACAAUAUACAAUGCUUACUACACCAUUGCUCACUUACUACAAAGUGACCUUAGGGGAGCAAAGCCUGGAUUGUUGGACAUCAAACCGGAAGAAAUGAAACCAGAUGUCUGGGACUACAUAUUUUUCAACGACGUGUCGAAGCCUCAAACGACAAUUGCGGAUGAUAAGCUAGCCAAAAUGAAGCAUGAGUUCAGGUACUGGUACCCGGUGGACAUGCGAGUUUCGGGUAAAGAUCUGAUUCCGAAUCAUUUGACGUAUUACUUGUAUAACCAUGUUGCCAUCUGGCCGGAUGAGCCGAACUUGUGGCCCCAAAGUAUACAUGCAAAUGGCCACUUACUGCUGAACAACGAAAAGAUGUCCAAGCAGACUGGCAACUUCUUGACUCUGAAUGAAAGUAUCAAGAAGUUCUCAGCCGACGGAAUGCGAUUGGCACUUGCAGAUGCUGGUGACAAUAUUGAGGAUGCCAAUUUCUUGGAGAAAGUAGCAGAUACAGCUAUCUUGCGGCUGUUUACGUUUGUGGAGUGGGUAAGAGAAUUCGUUGAAGACGAAGAAGAGAUAACCCGUGGUGGUCCUGACAGUGAGCUGUUUUGCGAUCGAGUUUUUGCCACUGAAAUGGAUUCUCUGAUUAAUCAAACGAGGGAGCACUUCGUUAAAAUGAACUACAAAGAUGCCCUGAGAACUGCAUUCUUUGAAUUUCAAGCCUGUCGAGAUCGUUAUCGGGAGCUGAGUUUGGGUAAGCUACAUAAGGACUUGACCAGAAGGUUUAUUAAGAACCAAAUAUUGAUCCUCUCACCUAUCUGUCCUCAUAUAUGUGAGCACAUCUGGACUUACAUGGGCGAGGAGGGUUCAAUUUUGAAAGCACGAUGGCCAGAAACUAAACCAGUGGAUGAUGUUCUGAUCAAAAGUUGUCAGUAUCUCCUAGACGCUGCCCAUGAGUUCAGGCUCUGGUAUCAAAAGCAAAGCAACCCGAAGGCACCAAAAGGAAAAUCCCUGGAUGCACCGAAGGAAAAGCUUACCCAUGGAACUGUAUAUGUUGCUGAGAAGUUCCCAGAAUGGCAGGACUCAAUUAUCAGCGCUCUAAAUGAGUUGUAUAUCGGAAAUGGAAAUGAUUUUCCGAAGGACAACGUGGUUGCUGAUAAGAUAAAGAAGCUAAAUUUAUCAAAUAAAUACGCCAAAAAGAGCAUGCCAUUCGCACAAAAGGUGAAAGCCGAUGUUCAAACGCAGGGAGCGUCAGUGUUUCAACAAUCAAGUCUGUUCUCAGAGACUGAAAUUCUAGAAUUGAACAAAGAGUAUUUGAAACAGACUCUUGACCUGGAAGAGAUUGAAAUUAUGCCUGCGCGUGAAGCGCCAAAUGAAAAAAUUAGAGAGGAAUGUUGUCCUCUCAAACCAAUGUCGAAUUUUUACGCGGCGCCACACCUUGAGGUCGACUUCGUUAACCCGCAACCAUGCAGUGGUUAUUUCACAGUCAAAAUUCCUGUGUAUGAGAAUGAUUCACUGCACAAAGUUAAAAAGCGGAUCAUGCGUGCGUCCAAAAUCAAGAAUGAGUCAUCACUGAGUAUCUACAGGUACGAAGAUCCAAUUGGGGGCCCAUUAACUAUUCCAGUCUUGGAAGAACCACUGAAAGGAAAAGUUAGAUGUGAUGACAAUGCGAAGUUUAUGACUGACUUGGGAAACAAAACAGUGAAAGUGCUAAGUGGAGGAGCAGGCGAUGGGUUUGCGAACAAUGUCAUGAUUUAUUAUGUCGAUGAUUUGUAAUAUUGUACAUAAUGUAAGUGUGAACCUUUGGUUUGCAUUGAGGUUGUGGGGUAAUUCAAAUGUACCAUAA